AAAUACACGCACCCUCUUCUGCAUCUCUUCCAUCGAAUGAUCAUCUCUCUUAGCUCAUCCAACCAUCAUUCUCUGCCCCACAGACUUCUCUGCUCUCUCAUCAUUUGGUUCUCAACCCCCCCUCUUGAGUUUCUGUAGGUGCUGUCGCUUUGCAGUUUGCAGCAAUGGGUUUGGCAGCAGUGGAGAGCAACAAUGGUCAUGAAGUGGAAGAGAGCACGUAUCAGAGAGGAGUGAAGCACCUUUGUGAGGGAGGGAUAGAGAGAGUUCCGAGGAAGUACGUGUUUCCGGUCUCGGAGAGGCCCCACUUGGGCACAGAGAGAAGCGACGUUUGUUGUGGCGGCAACUGGAACCUCAAGCUUCCGGUCAUUGACUUUGCUCAGCUUCAAGGCUCCAACAGAUCCCAAGUUCUCGAGCACCUCGCUGAUGCUUUUGAAGAAUAUGGCUUUUUUCAGCUAGUGAACCAUGGGAUACCAAGCCAAGUGAUCGAGGAAUUGCGGAGUGUGGGAAGGAGAUUCUUUGAGCUGCCGUAUGAGGAGAGGUGCAAGUACAUGAACCUAGAUAUGAGGUCCCCGGUCAGGUGCGGCACCAGCUUCAACCAGAACAAAGACCAAAUCUUGUGCUGGAGAGACUUCCUCAAGCUCAGUUGCCACUCCUUGCCACAGCAUCUCCCCUCUUGGCCCUCCAAUCCCUCUGAUCUAAGGGAAGUAGCUGCUAACUACUCCUUGAAGACCAAGUUCUUGUACUUAAAGCUCAUGGAGGCCAUUCUGGAGAGUCUUGGGGUGAAGGAAAUAGCACCGAAAUCUAUGGAGGAUCAAGAGAAUGACUGGAUGGCGAAAGAUUUAGAGAACGGAAGCCAAAUCGUCAUGGUGAAUUGCUACCCGGCAUGCCCUGAACCCGAUCUCACGCUUGGCAUGCCACCGCAUUCAGACUACGGCAUGCUCACGCUCCUUCUUCAGGAUGAGUCGGUCCAGGGCCUUCAGAUUCACCAUGGAGGGAGAUGGUUGACUGUGGAGCCAAUCUCCAACUCGUUUGUCGUCAAUGUUGGUGACCAUCUUGAGAUAUUCAGCAAUGGGAGAUUCAAGAGCGUGCUUCAUAGGGUUCUCGUGAACUCUUCAUCGACCCGAAUCUCAUUUGCUUCACUGCACAGCCUAUCCCUUGACAGCACAGUCCGGCCGUUGCCAAAGCUGAUUGACGAAGCCAAUCCAAGGCGCUACAAGGACACCGACUUUGCCAGUUUUCUUAAUUAUAUUUCAUCCGUUGGACACAAGGGCAAGAAUUUCUUAGACACCAGGAAAUUGACCUAAUUAAGCAUAUUGAUUCACCUGGGAAAUCCUCGGUGAUUUGGACAAUUUAUAGUCGCAAAUUUAAGCAAUUAUUAGCAGAAUAUGGGAAUUGAAUUCCAUUUCUGUCCUUAGUUGUAUCACUUAUGAUGAUAGAAGAGACUAUUCUACCAAA